GGGCGUUAGGAGGUGGGCUCUAUGCCCGUUGCGAAGGCGGUGGCGUCCUUCCCUGCAGAAGUUUGAACUGUUAGUCUGGGAGGAGCGCCGAUUCGUCGGACGUUGGUUCAGUGUAACCGGCUAGGAGGCUGCUUUACCUUCGUGUGAGUUUAGAGGACCGGACGAUGAGUCCUGCCGAGAAGCGAGCCUCGGGCCCUGUCAGGGCAUCAGUACACAGCCGCAAAAGCGAGAACCAGCCCGCCUCGAUGAGACCCAAAGCCCUGAGACUGGUCGUGAACCAGAAGGUGCUUGCCGAGAGGAACCAGGCAGUGAUGCCCGUGGGAGCCUGGGUGGAGAUCGGCCAAGACUACCAGGAGCACCCCGCUAUUCAGGCCGUGCUGCUGGAGGAGAUGCUGUCGGAAGUGAGCCGGGAGAAGACGGAGAGCCUGCGCAGGUUCCAGGCCGAGGUGCGGCGCCGCGUGGCCCAGCAGGCCCAGGCGCGGAAAAGGCGCCAGCUGCAGAAGUCCUACGAAGUGGCGGAGCAUGAAGGAAGAGUUGUCCAGCAGUCAUGUGAUGCUGCCCAGCGCCUGACCCCCCGCAAGAACAUGUGUACCUCCGACCACCAGGGGGAGCUGGCCAUCUGCGGCCCUGGUUCCCGCUGGGUGAGCGCCCAGGGCCUGGGGGCUGGCGACACAGACAGUGGUGCCUUCCAGCAACAAGAACACCAGCUCGGCAAAGUGCUGAAGCAGGUCAGGCGCAGACUGGCUUCCUGUCAGACCAUCUCUGCCGGGAAGCUAACAUCAGAACUCCCAGGAGGCAUCUGGAGGGUUUCGCCAACCAGGGAUAAGCCAGUAUCCUGUCUGCUGCCCCCUGCUGGAGAAGGGGAGGAGGAGCCAGAGGAGGAGGUCCCACUGAGUGGCCAGCAUGAUCUCCCUUUGGGCCUAGAGGAGGCAGGGCCCCCUGAGGGCCACAGCGGCAAGACGGUCACCUUCCAGAGCCAGCAGCUAUGUGAGCGGAUGUUGAGAGAGCCCUAUCCCACUGGUCCCAGCCCGGGAUUCAGCACAGACUACAGAGCGACCCAGGUCCUCUGGCCCAGAGAGGAUCAGGAGGAGCUCAAGAGACAGCGUCAGUCUCAGUUCCUGAUGUACCGCCGCCUCUUCAUGGACAUGGAGAGGGAGCAGGUGAAGGAGCAGAGGCGCCACAGGGAGCACCUGCAGAGAAUUGCCAGGAUCAAGGCAGACAAGGAGCGACAGAGGAGGGAGGAGGAGAGGCGAAUGGAGAGACUGACAGAGCCGGAAGGAGAGGGGAGAGACCCCACAGAGAGGGAGUGCGAGGUCCUGGAGCGACUCAGGCUGGAGGAAGAGGAGGCCCAUGAGGAGAAGGAGAGGAGGGAGAAAGCGCAGAAAGACAGGGAGGUCACCAGGUUCAUGGAGGCUCUGCGGGCUCAGAUGAGUGAGAAGAUGAAGCUCGAGAAGGCUGAGCUGCCCCCUCUCUGCUGUUGUGGAGACGGCUUCUGGGAUACACACCCCGACACCUGUGCCAACAACUGUGUCUUCUACAGGAACCCCAGAGCUUAUGCCCGCGCGCUGCAGUCGGUGCUGUCCUGCUGUGAUCUGUGGGAGGCGAACCCAGGCCAGCGAGCGUCUGCAAGGAGGAUCGCUUCCGCGCAAACACAGCCCCCCAGGAAGUAGGCUCUGGAGCAGGGACGGGGCUGCAGCCCGUCUCGGUAAAAACCGGCCUGUGGCAAGCACGCAGGACACAGCACUUCUGCUCCCUUCUUCUUUUUUUUUUUUGGAAAUCUGAACCGUUCUUUAACGAUUUUGAGGUUCCUGCUCCCAACACGUGUUGGGACAUGCGACACGUGUACAACACGCGUACGUGAAAGCACGUACGUUUUCAGGGCAGUGAAUGGGUCCGACGGCAGAGCAUUGUCCUUGUGACCCCCUGUUGGCCCCAACUCUCCUGGGGAAAGGUGGUACGUCGUGGUCAGCUCCGUCAUUGAGAAGGGACAAAGACUGUCGGGCGCAUAUUAAUGAAGCAGUUCCUCUUAGUUUAGUUGUUUUUGCAUCCAGUUUUACUUUUUCCUUGUUCCUGUUUUCUAGGAUGAUUAAUAGGAGACUCGUGUAUCUCAAGAGGACGUUUUUUGAUGCUACUAGCUGGGGAAAGGAAUGACGCCAAUUAGCUAGACUGAUCGUGGAGCACCCACACCAUGUGAAGAAGUACCUACAGAGAGACAGUUGUUUAGUCUCUUAGUUCCGGUGGCCAGUUGUGUAGAAAACUCCUCAAGUUUCCCCUUAACUGCUUUUGGAGUAAAUUUCACAGAGCAUCUGAACACUAAUGGUCAAUGUGCUUGUUAAGGAAAAGGUUCUCCAUGCUUAAUAUGUAAUAUAAUCACUUUCAUACCAAAAUGUAAAAGUAAGGGAAAAGCCCACAUUAUGUCCCAUUGUUUCUGAGGGCUGUAACGUAGUAGGAGAUCAGGCCAUUUCCUCAGUGUGCUGCGCUGUGGGAUAGAAGAUGUUAGUGUUGGUGCCUGUGCCUCUGGUAUGCUGAUGAAAGCAACAGCAUAUCUGGCUAACAUGUCACUUCAGACAGCCUCAAACGGUUCACAUGCAAUAACUGGUAGAUAAAAAAUUAAAUCAACAAAAGGAAAUGUGAAUCAGGCCACAAAUAGCAGCAAAAAACUACCUGCAUUUUAUGGGUUGGUUGAGAUGUCCAUAACUGUGUGAACUGACCAUCUGUUAGGACAAUGCUCUAGUUUUGUAGUAGAGUGGUAUAUAAUUACCUGUUUAUUUAUGUGUUUCAUGUAACAGCCGCAGAACCUGAAAACAUUCAUUAAGGAAUCCUGUUAAGGAAACUAAGAUGCAGAUAAAUUCUGUGUUAUCACUGAACCUUUUACAACACCUUUGUUUGGUGACCAAAGUCUGCUGUUGAUUGCUAAACUAAACAGACUGCAACUAAAAGUGCAAACUACUGUAAACCUGAUAUGUGUUGUGAAUGUGGUGGAUUAGAAAUUCUGAAUUCUGACUAUGGGCGCGUGACAUGUAGCAGAAAUGAAUUUAAUACUUCGUGUUUCUUUCAUGCUGGUCGUUUUGUGUUUGGUCCAGUGAAAUGGACUGGUGAGCACAAGGAUACCCAAUACAGAAUACAAUCUCAAAAACAAUUCACAUGUAUCAACACCUCGUGUUACGAGAGUGAAACAUUGCAUCUGCACAUUUGCAGCUAUAUGAAGCUAUGAGACUCAUUUUAAUGAAGAAAUUCCCAUCAUUAAUGAAUGUUUAAAAUCGGGGUGGUAUUCUUUGCUUGUUGUGUUUUGUGAAAUAGUUGCCAAAGCUUUUGUGUUGUUGGUUUUGUUUAAAUCUUCAAAAAUUCAAUAUCAAUUAAAAAGAAGAUCAUUUUUAUA